UAAAAGGUGAAGCCUGCGGGAUCUGGGUGGCCUCUUGAAAGGGCUCCCUUAUUUGCUUUUAUUGUUUCCUAAAGAACUGGGGUUCCACGGUGAGCUACAGCACUCAGUCCCCGAGAUCACCUCUCCUCCCUCUAAACCAGCUCUAAAACUGUUCUGGCACACAAGGUGGAAGUCCAGGGGUAGCUUGGCUGAGAGCUGCCAGGAACUUCCCAGUCUGAAGGAUGUGUGGAGCCGAAUUUCUCCCAAACUGUGUGAGGAUGCCCCAGUUUCUUGUCAUCCAGAGGGUAGCCAGGGGUUGUGGGAAGGACAAAGUGGGUGUUGAGCCAUCUCUGGAGUCGCUGCCAGCCAGCCAGGUGCCCAGGAGCGAAUGCAGAGAGACUGUCAGGGCCGCAGUGUCCGGGAGGAGAAAAGGGAAUCCUGUGUUAGUAAAUCUGUUGGCAAAUGAGGCUCAUUAAUAGAUAAAUAUUUCACUGCUUCCUUUAGGGCAGAUAAACAGUGCGCCACCGAUUAAAGAAAGGAAGCUGGGAGACAUUGACUUUAUUCGAACCACAUGGCUCCAGUUUGUGGCAGCUGUCUCCCUGCUCGGCUAGAGGAGACGCCCGCGCCUGCGGUGUUGGCGCUGGAGCAUCAAAUCCGCUCUUAAAUGUUCUCCUGCUUAUAGAGCGAGGAGGGCAAAGAGUGGAUCUUUCUCUCUAGACCAUCUUUGGGUGGACAGGUUACGGAGACCCUACAGGGUCUUGGAUCCUCAGGGAGGACACGGACCAGGAGAAUCCACACCCUGGAUCUGGGGUUGAGAAAUAGGUUUGAGGUUGUGGGGUGGGGGCGAACCCUGCCUCCAGGCUUCGGCGACUGGAAGGGGGCUCUCGCGGAGCCUAGGGGUCUGACUGCGUCGGGCAUCCCGGGCCGGUCCCGUGCAGGCCGCGUCUUUGAGCCUCUUCCCCUUCCAUUCUAGGCGGCCGCCGGCCCGUGGCGCGAGACCACCUGUGAGGGCUGCUGAGAUUGGCGGAGGCGGUCAUGUGGGCGGUCACGUGCCGCGGCGAGCUCCGUCCAAAAGAAAAUGGGGUUUGGUGUAAAUCUGGGGGUGUAAUGUUAUCAUAUAUCACGCUACCUCGUAAAACCGACACUGAAAGCUGCCGGACAACAAAUCACAGGUCAAAAUUAUGAGUUCUUCGUAUUAUGUGAACGCGCUUUUUAGCAAAUAUACGGCGGGGGCUUCUCUCUUCCAAAAUGCCGAGCCGACUUCUUGCUCCUUUGCACCCAACUCGCAGAGAAGCGGCUACGGGCCGGGCGCCGGCGCCUUCGCCUCCACCGUGCCGGGCUUGUACAAUGUCAACAGCCCCCUCUAUCAGAGCCCCUUCGCGUCCGGCUAUGGCCUGGGAGCCGACGCCUACAACCUGCCCUGCGCCUCCUACGACCAAAACAUCCCCGGGCUCUGCAGUGACCUCGCCAAAGGCGCCUGCGACAAGGCGGACGAGGGCGUGCUGCACGGCCCAGCCGAGGCCAGUUUCCGCAUCUACCCCUGGAUGCGCAGUUCAGGACCCGAUAGGAAGCGGGGACGCCAGACCUACACUCGCUACCAGACGCUGGAGCUGGAGAAGGAAUUCCACUUCAACCGCUACCUGACGCGGCGCCGCCGCAUCGAGAUCGCUCAUGCGCUCUGCCUCACGGAGCGCCAGAUCAAGAUCUGGUUCCAGAAUCGGCGCAUGAAGUGGAAGAAGGAGCAUAAAGAUGAGAGCCAAGCUCCCACUGCAGCCCCCGAAGACACGGUGCCCUCCGUUUCCACGGCUGCUGACAAGGCCGACGAGGAAGAGGAGGAGGAAGAGGAGGAGGAAGAGGAGGAAGAGGAGUAAAGGGGCCAGGCACAGGACCCUGGCUGCACAGGACAGUUGGAAAGGCGCCUUUAAGAGACUCAUUGAUUUUAGUUACAAAAAUGGGGGGGAAAUAAAGUGUAAAAAAAAAAAGAAAAGAAAAGAAAAGAAAGAAAAAAAAGAAAGGGAAAGAAAAAGAGGGAAUCAGUCCCCAUCGUCAUUCCACCCAAUCACCCACUUUAGCUCCCAGGGAAAUUAGAUCACCUUGGGGACCCUCUCUGCCUCUGAGGAACCCAGUAGAUACCCCCAACCCUGGGCCAGUGUUGUGCGCAGGCACAGCCAAAAUACUACCUAGCACAGGCCUCUUAGAGAGGCACUCCCAAACUACCUAUGGGCCCAGCUCCAGUGGGCCACCACUCCUAAGAAGCCCCCCCUGCGUCCCAACACUGGCAGACACCCAGCACCUGCCCCCGCCCCCAUACCUGCAAAAACAUGAUCAGUACUACCUACUAGCCCUAAACUACCUAUUGUGUGCUGGCUAGCUUGCCUGCUUCUCCAUGCCCACCCCUUCCAGGCCAGGCCUUGAUACUUCUAGCUGACAGUCUUUGGGGUCACCGAGGCUUCACUGACAAGGCAAUGAGGUUCAGGGACCAGGGCAUUGGCUUCUAUUUAAAUUGAAAAAUAAUAUAUUUAUUCCAAAGCAUACCAAGUGCUGCAACCUAGAAUCCCUCUUUCUCUGGCUUUGGCACCUCAAGUCCAGGGCCAUUACCCCUACUUCAGGAGGGGAGCAUUCCCGAGCUGGCUACAGUCCUCUGGAAUAGCUUCGGGGUUUUUUGUUUUUUGGGGUUUUUUUUGUUUGUUUGUUUGAUUUUUGUUUUUUUAUUUGUGGGACUAAGGAGAUGUUCCCAGCCUCACUGUCCUCUCUCCCUUGCUUCUGUGUCCUACUGUUCAGCCAUGUCAAAUAUGUAUACCCUGACUUUUCCUACAAGGACAAAUACUGUAUAUUUGAACCAGAUUUUGUUGUUGUUGUUGUCAUUUCUAUAAUCUUGGAGCUCAUUUGUAAAGGAAUGUCUUGACUUGGGAAGGAUGUUUUAAUGGGGUGACUUUGUAGCAUGGUGUGUUGUAUUGAACUAAUUCUGUAGUGGGUGGGGAAGGUCCAUCACCCACCCUGGGCCCAUCGUCUCCCUUGUCUCCUCAUGUCCCCCCCCACACACACCUAGCCUAGGGUCUAGGGAAGGCAUGCUUCCCAGCCCAGCGACCUGUGUUUUAUGUAACAAUAAAGAUGCUUGGUGACAAAGAAA